GACUAUUACGGGCUCCAUUGCUCGGAGUGCGAGAAACGAGACGCGCUAUCGCGGAGGGUGUAGAGGUUUGGCUGUCUCACGGGGCGAGAGAAUAUCCCAACAAUGGACGGUUGGGAGAUCGUUAUGUAUUGUGUUGUUGGUGGACACUACAUUUUCACAAUUUGCUUCUCCUACGGGCUCUACAAGUUCAUAUACCCCACACCGUGAUACGGAGGAGAGCUCUGGCAAGUUACCAUCUGACCGACGCUUCUUUACCUCGUUCAAUGUGAUAGUUUAAAUGACAUAGUCUACUCUUUUGCUUUGACGAUGUAAUAAUGCAGUAAGCAAAAUUGGAGAGUGCACUGUGGUGAGUAGUGUAGUAGGUUAAAUCUUGCUAUGCAGUAGGAUAAAACAGUCACGGUUUAGAAACUCUCCUCAUCUUAGUGUAUUUUAGGCUAUCAACAUAGUCGAGUCAGCGCUGAAGCAGUUGCGACGGGUUGUUUAGCAUUUGCCCUGCAUGAAGAAGCCACAAUUCGCUGACCGAUCCUAACUAGAGUCGAGUUUGUGCUUUGCACAUUCGUGCCACAGCGAACCGUAGCGCUCGAAAAUCCCAUCCUGGACCGGGAGCGCCUGCUGCAUUAAAGCACCUUUUAUCGGAUUGUACCCUAGGGCUCUCUCUCUCAAGCGAUUACACUCACCUUUUUAUGGGGAAAAUAGCUUAAAGCCACAAUUCCCUUCGGAAAACCGUUAAAAAACGCUGGCUGCUAGAUUGUAUGUCGCCCACAGCUGUGCGCGUAAAAUUGUACAUUAGUCAGGGAGCAGUGCGCAAGCUUUGAGACAGGGGCAGUAGGGGUGGCCCUUGCUCUCUUGUCCAGGAGUGUGAGGGAAGCUUUGCAGGGAGGAUACACUUUGACGCACACACCACCGCCUCAGCUAUGGCUCUGCCGGACAACUCCAGCGGCUUGCCCGGGGAGGAGGUGCCUUUCCCGGAGAUUGUGGAGCUGAAUGUGGGCGGCCAGGUGUACAUCACACGCUACGCCACACUCAUCAGCGUGCCCGACUCGCUCCUGUGCCAGAUGUUCAGCCAGAAAAGCACCAAGGGCCUGGCACGCGACACCAAGGGCCGCUUCUUCGUGGACCGUGACGGCUUCCUGUUCCGCUACAUCCUGGACUACAUGCGGGACCAGCAGCUGGUGCUGCCCGACCACUUCCCCGAGCGUGGGCGUCUGCAGCGCGAGGCCGAGUUCUUCAACCUGCCCGAGCUCGUCAAGAUGCUGGCGCCCAAGAUCAGCAAGCAGAACUCGCUCGGUGACGACGGGUGCCAGAGCGACCCCGAGGAGUCUUCCCCGAGUGCCGACAUGGCGGCACGUAACCUGGCCUCGUUGGGUGCGGCUGCAGCGGCCGCCGCGUGCGCCACCCUGGCGUCCAGCUCAGGCGACGGCAAGCGCUCAGGCUUCAUCACCAUUGGCUACCGCGGCUCGUACACGCUGGGCCGCGACAGCCAGACGGACGCCAAGUUCCGGCGCGUAGCGCGCAUCAUGGUGUGCGGCAAGACGUCGCUAGCCAAGGAGGUGUUCGGCGAGACGCUCAACGAGAGCCGUGACCCUGACCGACCGCCCGAGCGCUACACGUCGCGCUACUACCUGAAGUUCACCUUCCUGGAGCAGGCCUUUGACAAGCUGGCCGACGCCGGUUUCCACAUGGUGGCCUGCAACUCCACGGGGACCUGCGCGUUCGCCCACGAGCAGACUGACGACAAGAUCUGGACCAGCUACACCGAAUACGUGUUCUACCGUGAGUGAGACAAGACGCUUCAACCCCCAACCCAAUCCCCCUAUGCCCCCUGCCCGCAUUCCACCUCUGGAAAACACCCCCCACCCGCACACCCCUCCCUCCUCGUCCCUGCCCCCCAUCCUGUGACUCUCUCUCUCGUCCCCAUCCAGAGCUCACAUCCUUGACGGCUUGCCCCUCUAGUCUUAGAUUGGGGGGUGUCUAGACAUUUUGGCCUCCCCCAUCUCCGUGUCCUGCGAGAGCCCCCGCCACCCUCCUCAUCUCUCCCCCGUAGCUUGAGAUCCCACCGAGUGUCCUACGGCUCUGCCCACCUGACGCUACUUAACCUGCGGCCGGGAGAUGUCUGGCCACCUCCAACUUUCCCGCUGCAAGGUGUCUGCCCACCUCUGCAUCCCAUCCCUAUUGCUCAGACAAAGAAACUGCAUCCUGCAACCUUCGCCUGUUUACUUGCUACAUGGUUAUGUUUCCUGGCCUCUUUUUUUUUGGUUGAAGCACAAAAAAUUGUGACAGUGAGCUUGUUUUUAUUUUUCUCUAUCUCUCUCGCUCUUAUCUCUUUGGUGACGUCUGGUUCGGUCCAGAGUUUCUCUGUAUUGACAGCUGUGUAUGUGUAAGAAACAAACAAACAAAACGGAGAAAAAUAAAUAAAUAAAUACUGGCAGUAGAGCCACACGAAAA